AUGUCCCAGAACCGCCCCGGAGUAUUUUCCGGCUUGCGAAUGGGUGAAGUCGUACGAGAAAAAGUCCAGGAUGGACUCACGGGGGAGACCAAGGAGAUGCAAUACACUCAGUGCAAGAUAGUCGGAAAUGGCUCCUUCGGUGUUGUGUUCCAGACAAAGAUGUCCCCCAGUGGCGAAGAUGCCGCCAUCAAGCGGGUUCUCCAGGACAAGCGCUUCAAGAACCGUGAACUGCAAAUCAUGAGGAUUGUGCGCCACCCCAACAUUGUAGAGCUCAAGGCCUUUUACUACUCCAACGGCGAGAGAAAAGAUGAAGUCUACCUCAACCUGGUGCUCGAAUACGUUCCCGAGACAGUGUAUCGUGCUUCGCGCUACUUCAACAAGUUGAAAACGACAAUGCCGAUGCUCGAGGUGAAGCUGUACAUCUACCAACUCUUCCGCUCUCUGGCCUACAUUCACUCUCGAGGGAUAUGCCACCGAGAUAUCAAGCCCCAGAACUUGCUAUUGGAUCCAAACAGUGGUAUCCUCAAGCUCUGUGAUUUUGGUUCCGCCAAGAUCCUCGUUGAGAACGAGCCCAACGUUUCCUACAUCUGCUCACGCUACUACCGCGCGCCAGAGUUGAUCUUUGGCGCCACAAACUACACCACAAAAAUCGAUGUGUGGUCAACCGGUUGUGUCAUGGCUGAAUUGAUGCUGGGACAACCUCUGUUCCCUGGUGAAUCUGGAAUCGACCAGCUUGUCGAGAUCAUCAAAGUGCUAGGUACCCCUACUCGGGAACAAAUCCGCACGAUGAACCCGAACUACAUGGAACACAAAUUCCCUCAAAUCAAACCCCACCCGUUCAACAAGGUUUUCCGACGGGCGCCACAUGAGGCUAUUGAUCUCAUCUCUGCACUCCUAGAGUAUACCCCAACACAGCGACUACGGGCUGUCGAGGCAAUGGUUCAUCCUUUCUUCGAUGAGCUGCGCGACCCCAACACUCGCCUGCCAGACUCUCGUCACCCGAACAACCCGGCUCGCGAGCUCCCUGAACUUUUUGACUUUUCGCAUCACGAACUUUCAAUGGCCCCCGAAUUGAACAGUCGACUGGUUCCUGAUCAUGCCCGGGCUGCGCUAGAAGCUCGCGGUUUGGACAUCGACAACCUGACUCCACUGUCUCAAGAAGAGAUGCGAGCUCAUCUCGAUUGA